UCAAAACACUUCGGCACUUAGAGAACGAGUGCCUGCUGUUAAGUACGUGUGUAAUUAAUUAAAACAUUUCGUAACGAGUGCAAAGUUAAAAUUGCGUUUUGUAUUACGCAGCCGUGCGAGCUAAUAUAUUUUAUGGUCCCUCGAUGAUGUCCUUGGGUUAACAAAAUUGUAUAUUCAUUAUUGCAUACGUGCAGCUGUAUGUGAAAACGACGCCUUGUAUAUUUGCCUUUUUUGGCGAAGCCAAAAUAUGGCCGAAUACCUUCAGUACGAUUGGAAAACGCACAUGUUGCCAAGGGAGUUCCUCCAGGAAAUCUAUCCGAAACCAAAAGUCGACCAAAACACCUCCAUUUCCAGCUUGAGGAAUUUAGUGAAUCAAUCGAGCGAUUUCGCGUUUAAGAAUACUCAAAAUCAAGAUGACAGGACGCUGUUGAAGUUUUUGUACGCGCGAAAAUUCGACGUUGACGAAGCCUACCAGCUCCUCCAAAAUUAUCACACUUAUCGUAAACGGAACGAAGACCUCUUUAAGAACUUCACAAUCAAAUCGCACGACAUACUGAAGGCACUAGAGAACGGACUUCCAGGUGUCUUAAAUUCCAGGGACCGUAAGGGACGAACCGUGCUAAUUAUGGACACAAACAACUGGGACUGCUCGUACAAUCUGCUCAGUAUCUAUCGAUCGCUACUGUUCACUUUGGAAUAUUUAAUCAACGAUAUCACCAAUCAGGCUAAUGGGUUUGUGGUGGUCGUCGAUUGGACCGAGUUUUCUUUUCGACAGAGCACCAAUUUAAAGCCGGGCGUUCUCAAACUGAUGAUUGAAGGUUUGCAGGAUUGCUUUCCGGCACGAUUCAAGGGCAUCCACUUUAUCGGACAGCCCUGGUUUGUUAACGCCGCUUUGACGUUGAUUAAGCCUUUUCUAAAGGACAAAAUGAAGGAGCGCAUCUACGUGCAUGGAAAUAAUCUCAGUACUCUGCAUGAUUAUCUUCCCAAAGAUAUACUUCCUGCGGAAAUGGGGGGAGAGUUACCUAGUUAUAAUCCACAUAUGUGGCUAAAGAAUGUGAUCGUUAGUGAAUCUCAGUAAGUGUUUGUGUUUUGUCUCGUUACCCUUUGGUGUGGGUUGGUAGGAGGCGAGAUCGUCUAGAUUACUGUUUAAUGCUGAACAAACUUACCGAAUUUUUUUCAGUAGGAAUACCUAGACUUUAUUUAUUAGUAAUUUAUGCAAUUUGUGUUUUUGUUACUGUAUUAUAUAAUUUCGGUGGAUCACCAUAAUCUUUAAGGGCUUCUUUAGUCUUUGACAAUCACAUUAGUAUUAUAGAGCGUGCAGAUUUUUUUCUUUGCACCAAUAAGUGAUUAAAAUGA